GGAUAAUCAAUGCGAGUUUCCCGAAACAGCCGCCAGAGCCAUCACGUGAGACGUGAGGACAUUAAUGGUGGCAUAAAGACAGACGGUUCUGCUGCUUUUUUGGCCCAGGUAUGAGUGAAUAUUGGCUAAUUUCUGCCCCCGGCGACAAAACCUGCCAGCAGACCUGGGAGACGCUGAACAAUGUGACCAGCAAGCAAAAUAACCUUUCGGUCAACUACAAAUUCCAUAUUCCUGAUCUGAAGGUCGGCACCCUAGAUCAGCUCGUUGGUCUGUCGGACGACCUGGGCAAAUUGGACAGCUUUGUCGACUCUGUAACCAAAAAGGUCGCCUCGUACUUGGGGGAGGUACUCGAGGACCAAAGGGACAAGCUCAAUGAGAACCUCCUGGCCAACAACAGUGAUUUGGCUGGCUACAUCACUCGAUUCCAGUGGGAUUUGGCUAAAUAUCCCAUCAAGCAGUCGUUGCGAAAUAUCGCUGACAUCAUCAGCAAGCAGGUGGGCCAGAUUGACGCUGACUUGAAGAGCAAGUCGACUGCUUACAACAAUCUGAAAGGCAGUCUCCAAAAUUUGGAGAAGAAGCAAACUGGCAGCUUACUGACGCGCAACUUGGCAGACUUAGUGAAGAAGGAUGACUUUAUCCUUGACUCUGAAUACCUCACAACGGUUCUGGUCGUUGUGCCCAGGGCUGGUUACAACGACUGGAAUGCCAACUACGAGAAGCUGACCGACAUGAUUGUGCCCCGUUCAAGCCGAAAGAUCACUGAAGAUGCUGAGUUUGGUCUGUUCAACGUGACCCUCUUCAAAAAGGUGGCGGAGGAGUUCAAGAUUCACGCCAGGGAGAGGAAGUUUGUCGUCCGCGAGUUUGUUUACAAUGAGGAAAUCCUUGCUGCCGGCAAAAACGAGAUGACCAAGUUGGUCACCGACAAGAAGAAGCAGUUUGGUCCUUUGGUGCGCUGGCUCAAAGUCAACUUCAGCGAAUGCUUCUGCGCUUGGAUCCACGUCAAAGCGCUGAGAGUGUUUGUCGAGUCGGUUCUUCGGUACGGAUUGCCAGUCAAUUUCCAGGCGAUGCUCCUGCACCCGCAUAAAAAGUCGACCAAGAGAUUGCGGGACGUCCUCAACCAGCUGUACGGCCACCUCGACAGUAGUGCCCUCCAAGGUUCCGGAAAGGUCCACGAUACUGUUGACAUUCCCGGGCUUGGAUUUGGGCAGUCAGAGUAUUUCCCUUACGUGUACUACAAAAUCAACAUAGACAUGGUUGACCAGAAACCGAUCUAAUUUGAAAGAAAAAAAAUCAGUAUUCCAAUGGCGAUGUUGUUGCAAGCAUUCCACUUAUUUGAUUAUUACCAAUCCAUUCAGAUGUAUUUUGUCGCAUAGGAACCGAGCAAUGGUUGUUGUAUAUACAUUAUAUUUAAACACUGAACAAUAUUUUGAUCAAAAUUAAUGGUCGAUGAAAUCAAGGGCGUAGUGUGCCAUAGCUGUAGGAGAACAUAAUAACGAGCUAGAAACUUUAUUGUCUUGUUCAUUUGUAAAGAACUAACAAUAUACGUCUUGUAAAAAUGUACAUUUUAGUUUGAAAACGUGUAUAUUCCAGUUGCACAAAUAAUAACUCACUGCAAUCCUAAUGGUUUUUGGGAACCGUGUCAUUCCUUUAAACAAAAAGUUAUAUUUUACUGUUAUCACAUGAAAAUGUCGGCGUGAAUUUUUAAGAGUAAGAGAAAAUGUUCAUUAUAUAACGCGUUAGAUGUUACUUGCGGUGCAGGAGCAGGAGAACAUGGACCCCAAUGUUACUCAUUCAAGAAAUUUGUGAUAAUAUGUUUAUCAUCCUCAAAAUUUGAUUUUUUGGUUACUUUAGUUAGGCACUUGUUAGAACUGGAUUUGCAAUUACGCCAAAUAUAUUUCCAUUGGAAUAUUCCUUAUAUUUGUGCAUAUCUCAAUACCAUUUCUCUUGCGAAAGCAUUAAUAAACAUCAUGUUGAGCAAUUUAAAA